GUUCUAGCCAUUGAAAUUACAUUUUAUAGGGCCUCAACCUUUGGUUAUGAAUUCUGGUGAAUGGUUAGGCUGCAGUAUGGCACGGACUGGGCAUAGUGUGUACCCGAGGAGGGGCAUUCCUUUAGGCUGGAGGGCGGUGUUGCGCAUGCGUCUAGUGGGUUGUUUUUGGCGGGGUUUGGUCGCUGGCUGCGCACAGUACCGCUCGGUAAGAGCCUUCACUCAAUUCCUGCUAGCGAGCAGCUUUCGGUGGGCGCACGGUGUAUUUCGCGCAGGAAGUAGAUAAUGGACAUCAGUGACACUCCUACAGGUCCUAGGCCCAAUAGGGAGGGCACAAUGGGAAAAAAGAACAAAAGAGCAUCAGAUGCCUCCUCUUCCUCUGAGGAAGAAGAGUAUGUUGUGGAAAAGGUUCUCGAUCGAAGAGUGGUAAAGGGACAAGUAGAAUUCCUUCUAAAGUGGAAAGGCUUCUCAGAGGAACACAACACGUGGGAGCCAGAUAGAAACCUAGAUUGUCCAGAACUUAUCUCUGAGUUUAUGAAGAAGUACAAGAAAGUUAAGGAGACUGACCCAAAAGCCAAGACGGAGAGCACCAAAAGGAAAGCUGGAAGCGAUGACAUUAAGGCGAAGAAAAGGAGAGAGAGCAAUGACAUUGCACGGGGCUUUGAAAGAGGCUUGGAGCCAGAAAAGAUCAUUGGCGCUACAGAUUCUUGUGGCGAGCUGAUGUUUCUUAUGAAAUGGAAAGACUCUGAUGAAGCUGACCUUGUGCUGGCUAAGGAAGCCAAUGUGAAAUGCCCACAGAUCGUUAUAGCAUUUUAUGAAGAGAGACUGACUUGGCACGCCUAUCCCGAAGAGUCGGAAAGCAAAGAGAAGGAAGCCGUUAAAAGCUAAAAUUCACUUUAACCAUCCCGUAUAUACUCCCUCCUUCAUGCAGACACACACGCACACACUCACAGUCUACCUACACUCCUUACCUGCCCCAGUCAAGGGCAAAAACGUUUUUUUUUUAAUAAAAACAGAAAUAAGCCUGUGGCCUCUGAAACAAGCCUGCAAGUGGAAUUUGCACAUGACCGUGGCAGCCAUUAAAAGUUUCAGUGGUGGCGUAUUCCUAGUGAGGCACUGUAGGUGUCCGUUACAGUGGAUUCAUUCUCUUGCACAGAGGCAGAAGCCAGCAACUUCUUAAAGGAGACCAUAGGCCUCUGCAGUGUUUCUAAUGAGGUGCCCAAGGCUUUACCAGUGGUUACAUUUUUGUGUUCGGCUCAGAACAGCUUCGGCGCAUUGAUAGAAGAACUUCUGUCAUAUAAUGGUAAUGAUUCUGUGUGCUGUGAAGGGAUCCUUGCUGCUUACUCCCAUUCUUGGACACUUGUUCUUGGAGGGAGAAGACUUUGUUUUUUUUGUUUUAAAUAUUGUUUUAAUAUAUAUCAUCUGUACUCAUUGAUGUUGGGUCGCUUUGCCUUUUCUCAUUAAAUACCUGAAGAUGAUUGGGAGGGCACAACAACAAGGAUCUGAAACUUCUCACAUAAAGGGAGGAUGCCACUCGGGAGAAGGCCAAUAAUUGAAUUCCAUAAAGACAGUAAGCCAGUGCCAGCCAUUUGUACCAAGAAAGGGACCUGAGAGCCUUGAGGAGAUGGGUGUUGUGGGUUUGUAUGUGUGGUUCAUUUGAUGUGCCAUAAUUAGUAUAAGAAUGUCAUGCUUUUUAUUAGACAUGCUGAAGGCCUUGUGAAUGCCCUCAGUAAUGUUUGCCUAGUGUGGUAGGCCCCAGGCAUUUGUAGUGAAUCCUACUUUUUUAGUUUUUCCAGAAUUCCAAUUAUUAGGUUUUAGACAUUUUUUUUAAGAUACAAUAGCAAAAUGUUUCUGAUCUAUUGCUCUGCCAAAGUUAUCAAAGCCUUUCAGGCCCAGGAUGUAAGCUAGGAGCAACCAAUCACAUUUUUGCUUUCGUUGUUUUGCAGCUGGCUAAACAAAGCUAUUGACUGACUGGUUGCUCUGGGUUACCGCCCAGGUAUAAAUUCACCCAGUGCUGGUAAAUGGGCCCGAGUGUAUCUAGUCAGUUGCAGGUAUAAGGAUGAUUUACUAAAACAGGUGCUAAAUUGAAGUAGUCCAGUUACCUAUAGCAACCAGUCAAAUAUCGAAUUAAUUUGAUUUUUUUUUUUUUUUUUUAAUUGUUGAUAUUGGCAAGUGCACUCGUGCAAUUUUGCACCUAUAUAAAUCAGCCUGACAAUUUGUUAAUGGAUCCCAGAAAUAUGAUCCGAUGUAUUAACUGUCAGUUGUUUGAGAUAAUGAUUUGAGGUUUUUGCCAUGCUAACAGAUACAGAAUCCCUGCCCACUUGCAGGGAAAACUCACUGUAAAUGUGAAACUCGAAGCCUAGAAGGACGGAGUUUCAGAAGAUGGAUUUGGAAUCCAACAAGGAAAUUGUCUUAGUGCUGCCCCCCUUAAAUUGUAAAGUGCAUAGCAUUCCAUUGGGCACAUGCCGUAGAUUCCCCUUUGGUCUAUGCCACACCACGUUUACCGGCAACCAGCAAUUUGUACUUUUCCCUAAGGCUGGGGCCUAAAACAAGGUUCUUUUGUGCCUUGCCCCAAAAUCAGCCAUGGCACUAUAUUAAUGGGGUCAGUGAUAAUCUGGCAGUUUAUAUUUUGAAGCCUGGGCCUGGCAGAUAGCUCCGAGCUUCAGAUAUAUUCAGUACAGAUGUGUGUUAGAAACUGAGGAAACAGUCAUCAUUCUGCAUUAGCAAAGGAAACAGUAAGACUGAAUAUUGCAGGAGACUGCUGCCAGGUAAAGCUCUGCCCAUUUACAGAAGGAGAAGUUUCCUAAAGUGAAAAAUGGCUCAGAAUAACAAAAGGAAAUACCAUGAUAUUCUCAAAUGUAUGUGCAUAUCCGUUCAUCAGCACAACAACA